AGGCCGGCGGGCAGCAGCGGCAGCUCCGCACGUCGCGAUCGCCGUAGCGAGGCUCGGCGCGGCUGCUUCCAGUGACCGCGCCCCAGCCCGGCCAUGUACCCCCAGGGCCGGCACCCGGCUCCGCACCAGCCGGGCCAGCCGGGCUUCAAAUUCACCGUGGCCGAGUCGUGCGACCGGAUCAAGGACGAGUUCCAGUUCCUGCAGGCCCAGUACCACAGCCUCAAAGUGGAGUAUGACAAGCUGGCGAACGAGAAGACCGAAAUGCAGCGCCAUUACGUUAUGGUGAGAGACUUUAAUCAGAUUUCGGAUCAGCCUGUAAAUGUCAUUAGCCGCGAGCCUGCGAACGGGGCGGGGGGGAACCGGGGGACCCCCCCCUCGCAGUGCUGCCAGGAAGGCUCGUGCUGCCUGGUGCUGAUGCUGCUUUUCCUUCUUCCCUUUUUUCAGACAGAAAUUGCUAAAAGACUGAACACGAUCUUAGCCCAGAUCAUGCCUUUUCUGUCACAAGAGGUAAGGACAUCACCCUGCUCCAGGGGGGCCCUGGAAUGGGAUUGGGAUCCAGGCUGGCAGCAGCAGCUCCAGGCCCAGCACCUGUCCCACGCUGCCCACGGGCCCCCGGUGCAGCUGCCCCCCCACCCCUCGGGGCUGCAGCCCCCCGGGCUCCCCCCGGUGACCGGCACCAGCUCGGGGCUGCUGGCCCUGGGAGCCCUGGGCAGCCAGGCCCACCUGGCAGUCAAGGACGAGAAGAACCACCACGACCUGGACCACAGAGAGCGAGACUCAAGUGCAAAUAAUUCCGUGUCCCCCUCGGAGAGCCUGCGGGCCAGCGAGAAGCACCGGAGCUCCACGGAUUACAGCAUGGACUCCAAGAAGAGGAAAGCGGAGGAGAAGGACAGCAUGAGCCGAUAUGACAGCGAUGGUGACAAGAGCGAUGACCUGGUGGUCGAUGUCUCCAACGAGGACCCUGCCACCCCUCGGGUGAGCCCGGCCCAUUCCCCCCCCGAGAACGGCCUGGACAAAGCCCGGGGGAUGAAGAAGGGGGACGCUCCCAACAGCCCAGCCUCGGUGGCCUCCUCCAGCAGCACUCCCUCCUCCAAGACCAAGGACCUGGGCCACAAUGACAAAUCCUCCACGCCCGGCCUCAAGUCCAACACUCCGACGCCCAGGAACGACGCUCCCACCCCGGGCACCUCCAGCACCCCGGGGCUGCGGCCCAUGCCCGGCAAACCCAGCGGCAUGGACCCCCUGGCCUCCGCCCUGCGCACGCCCAUCUCCAUCGCGGGUUCCUACGCGGCCCCGUUUGCCAUGAUGGGGCACCACGAGAUGAACGGGUCCCUGACGAGCCCCGGCGCCUACGCGGGGCUGCACAACCUCCCCCCCCAGAUGAGCGCGGCCGCCGCCGCCGCCGCCGCCUACGGCCGGGCACCCAUGGUCGGGUUUGACCCACACCCCCCCAUGCGAGCCCCAGGGCUGCCCUCCAGCCUGGCCUCCAUCCCCGGAGGGAAACCGGCGUACUCAUUCCACGUGAGCGCGGACGGGCAGAUGCAGCCGGUGCCGUUCCCGCACGACGCGCUGGCGGGGCCGGGCAUCCCGCGGCACGCGCGGCAGAUCAACACGCUGAGCCACGGCGAGGUGGUGUGCGCUGUCACCAUCAGCAACCCCACCCGCCACGUCUACACCGGCGGCAAGGGCUGCGUCAAGAUCUGGGACAUCAGCCAGCCCGGCAGCAAGAGCCCCAUCUCGCAGCUGGACUGCCUGAACAGGGAUAACUACAUCCGUUCCUGCAAGCUGCUGCCGGACGGCCGCACCCUGAUCGUGGGGGGCGAGGCCAGCACUUUGACCAUCUGGGACCUGGCGUCGCCCACGCCUCGCAUCAAGGCCGAGCUGACGUCGUCGGCGCCCGCCUGCUACGCUCUGGCCAUCAGCCCCGACGCCAAGGUGUGCUUCUCGUGCUGCAGCGACGGCAACAUCGCCGUCUGGGACCUGCACAACCAGACCCUGGUCAGGCAAUUCCAAGGCCACACAGACGGGGCCAGCUGCAUAGACAUCUCCCACGACGGUACAAAGCUGUGGACGGGGGGCCUGGACAACACCGUGCGCUCCUGGGACCUGCGGGAAGGGCGGCAGCUGCAGCAGCACGACUUCACCUCGCAGAUUUUCUCUCUGGGGUAUUGCCCCACGGGGGAGUGGCUGGCAGUGGGCAUGGAGAGCAGCAACGUGGAGGUGCUGCACCACACCAAGCCUGACAAGUACCAGCUGCACCUGCACGAGAGCUGCGUCCUCUCCCUCAAAUUCGCCUACUGUGGGAAGUGGUUUGUGAGCACUGGGAAGGACAACCUGCUCAACGCCUGGAGGACGCCCUAUGGAGCCAGCAUCUUCCAGGUGGGAGAGUUUGGGAGCUCAGGGGAUGGGGGCUGCUCCCAAAUUCCCAUCCUGGAUCAUCCUGGAUCAUCCUGGAGGCAGGAGAGAUCUUUGGGGUGGCCGGGUUGGGGUCAGGCAUGGGGUGGUGGCCCCGCUAUGGAGGCUGCUGGGAGAUCCCUGGAAUCCCCAUCCUGGAGGAUGAUGACGAUGAUGACGACCAUGGUGAUGAUGACAUCACAGCAGGAUGAUGAUGAUGAUGAAGUGAUGACAAUGAUGAUGAUGACAUCACAGCAGGAUGAUGAUGACACCCUGGCAGGAGGAUGA